CCAAAGGUCUUGCCUUUCUCCGGCCAGAUAUGUGAGAAAACCAAGCUUCUCCAACAACUUCAUCACCUACUUCCUUUUGAUUCAUCGAAUUCUUCAUAUUCAAAUCUUGAGAAAGAGAUGGGUAUAUAUCUAAGUACUCCAAAAACAGAGAAGUUCUCAGAAGAUGGCGAAAAUGAUAAACUCAGAUAUGGUUUAUCCUCUAUGCAAGGUUGGCGUGCAUCCAUGGAAGAUGCGCAUGCUGCAAUUCUUGAUCUCGAUGAUAACACUUCCUUCUUGGGUGUCUAUGAUGGUCAUGGAGGUAAAGUUGUUUCAAAGUUCUGCGCCAAGUAUCUACAUCAGCAGGUUCUCAGUAAUGAGGCAUAUGCAGCUGGAGACGUAGGAACUUCUCUUCAAAAAGCAUUUUUCAGAAUGGAUGAGAUGAUGCAAGGACAAAGAGGAUGGCGAGAGUUAGCAGUACUCGGUGACAAAAUCAAUAAGUUCAGCGGGAUGAUUGAAGGGCUUAUAUGGUCACCAAGAAGCGGGGACAACGCUAAUAAACCUGAUGCUUGGGCGUUUGAGGAAGGUCCUCAUUCUGAUUUUGCUGGGCCUAAUUCUGGGAGCACGGCAUGCGUAGCUGUUAUUAGAGACAAGCAGCUAUUUGUUGCAAAUGCAGGUGACUCACGUUGUGUGAUAUCCAGAAAGAAUCAGGCUUACAAUCUUUCUAGAGAUCACAAACCAGAUCUUGAAGCUGAGAAAGAAAGGAUAUUGAAAGCUGGUGGCUUUAUACAUGCAGGACGAGUCAAUGGAAGCUUAAAUCUAUCACGAGCUAUCGGUGACAUGGAAUUCAAGCAGAAUAAAUUUUUGUCAUUUGAAAAGCAAAUAGUUACCGCCAGUCCAGAUGUAAACACUGUUGAACUCUGCGAUGAUGAUGAUUUCCUUGUUCUUGCCUGCGAUGGAAUUUGGGAUUGCAUGACAAGCCAACAACUCGUUGAUUUCAUACAUGAACAAUUGAAUUCAGAGACCAAACUCUCGGUGGUAUGUGAAAAAGUUCUCGAUAGAUGUCUGGCUCCAAACACCGCAGGUGGUGAAGGCUGUGAUAACAUGACCAUGAUCUUGGUUCAAUUCAAGAAGCCUAUUCAGUCUACGGAACCUACUACAUCAGAAACCGAACUAAAACUGGAACCAAGCCAGGCCGAAGCAAACCACGAUGAGCCGAGCUCAUCAAACUAGCCCCAUCCUCAGAAGAGUCACGGAAGAUCCCAUCUAGAUCUAGUAUUUUGGUUCAUAUUGUAAAUCAUUUUGAAAGACAGUUAUAAAUCACAACUUGACGU